GUUUGGAGUAUAGGUCCUGACACUAUUUUGGAAGACAGUAGAGUACACUGUGCUUUGGCAACGUGAAAAUUACCAUAGUAACUGAUGCAGCGCGAUGGGUAAUACCAAAUGAAAGGUGGAGGUUUAAAGACGACGGUUGCGAAGUUUUGUUUUGAUGUUCACUUUAAGGGUAACUCGACUGGUUACAUAAGUAAAGUCCUAAUAGGUUGAAUUCUCACCCUUUUUAACAUUAUUUUUACUCUUGGAUUCCCCUCAUUAAGUCACUGAUUCACUCUGGUAACCCCUCUGCACUGAGUAGUAGAAUCCGAUUUCAAUAUGGCGGCUUCGGGAUUGAAAAUCCAAACGGCUAGAUAAGAGUAUGGUGAAAACAGAAGACUUAUCCACCAUGGCGGACGGCUGGAGAGAAGUGUUUGAGAGAAGCCGGCUGGUUCCCCCGCCCAGCCAGACCGUCCGCCUAGCUGCGGACAACCACUUCACCCAGUCCCAAGGCUUCCAGCUCAACCUCAGCCGGCUCACUGCGGCUCACCUACCGCAGUCACAGGAAACGUCAGAGGGGGAGCAAGAUGUGACCUACCAGCUGAGAGUGACCCUGUUUGAUAGAAAUCACCAGCAGUUUUUUGGAAAAACAUGGAAGAGCCGACCUCAGAGAAUGAAAAACAGCAAGAUCUCCUUCAAUGAGGUCCUGUACUUCCAUACAUCUCUGCGGUUGCCCAGCACGGUGGUGGUUCUGGAGCUGGUGUCCUUGUCACCCAAACCAGACGGCACCCAGCAUGCCCUGGGGCGAGGAUUCACACUCCUGGAGCUGUUUACCAACAGACCAGAAGCUCAGGCUGCUGAUGGGGACAGAAGGCUGAACUUACACCAUGGAUCACCCAGAAGCCUCCUCCAUCCACUGCUGAAGGACAUUAUUGACUACAGCAGUUUCCUGAAGAGUAUUGAUGGAGCACGUCUGGACUGUGUGAUAGCAAACCACCUUGCUUUGGCUUCCAUGAUGCACCUCCUUCCAGAGAAUGUCCUUGUAUCUGGAGAUGAGAACAUUCCUGGAGUUGCAGCUUCUCCAACAGGAGAUUCUCUGCUGAGGCCUCAGCUGCUCAAGAUACUGCCCUUCACCCUGAACAGACUGACCAUCUCCCUCCAGCCGUCCCUGGAGAAGUUUGAGAGCCAGCUGCUGCAGCUGAUCAAUGCUGACUGCCAUAACACAAAACAGCCAGGACCAGAGGGUGCAAUGAAGAUGGUUGUCAUCCAGGAAAGGAGGCUCCAUGUGGGGGUCCACAAUGGCUGGUGUUUCCUUGAAAAGCCUCAAGUGGUGGUGCUUGAGCCCCUGGCCUCAGGGAGCGGAGGCAGAGCAGACAGCAGCUCCAGACAGAGCACCAUGGACAAGGACAGCUCAGCCACAUCAUCUCUCCCUCAGACGCUGGGCCUUCGCAGCAGCUUGGAGCUCAGGCUGACCAAUCAUCGAGCUGUGGCGGUCAUCUUCCAGCUAGAGUAUGUCUUCUCUGCUCCAAUUGGCCGAGAGACAAUGCUGUCUGCCACCUCCACAUCCCGAGCAGCAUUCUUGCAAUGCCUUCGUUGGGGGAUUUGGUGCCCCUUCCAGGAGCCAGCUGACUGGAAGGGGGAAGAGAUACAGUUUGUUCUGCAAGGAGGUGCAAAGCCAAACCCUCAUGGAGUCAUGGUCUACAGCACUCAGACAUCUGCCAAACCUCAGAACCCUGCACCACUCUCAGCUCCAGGCACAGCUCAGGUGUCAGAGGCGAAGGAUACGAUAAAGUUUCGGCUGUCGUCCGGUUUGGAGAAGAAGGCACUCAGCCCAAAAGCAUCUCUGAGGGUAAAGCAGGAGAAUGUUUCACUUCAGAGAAGAUCACCUUCAUCACCUUCACGGGGUCAAAAAUAUGUUCCACCAGCCUCUCCACCAGAAUCUCCUCAAGGCCCUGGGCUCUCACUGUCUCAGCUGGCAGCUACUUCACGCUACCCGACCAUCAGCCACUCCAGCUCUGCGUUGCCGUGGCAACAGUCGUUUCCUUCUCUGCUCCAUCCUUCCCCAUUGGCAUCGGCCCACCAGCUGUCACAUGUCGCCUGCUCAGGUGUCAGCAACAUCGCCCAUCUGGAAGUGGACCUUCAGCGGGAAAGGAGCGUGUCACCUUCAGCUCAGGAAGAAGGAGACCAACUUCAGGAAUUGCCCUUCACCCCUGUCCAUGCACCUGUCAUCACCCUGGGGAUGAAUGUGCCUCGUUCCUGCUCUAUUAGUUCCAGGAGCUCCAUGGCCCACCUCUAUUCUGCUGGCUUCCCCAACAUUGUGGACUGUAGUGGGCAGGUGGCGGAAGUCCUGGACCCCACAGAGCCCGUGCCCUUUGACCCACAGCGUGAAGAGACUGACCUUCUACAGGGCAACCUUCUGGUGUUCCAGUUUCUGGCCUUUACCAGAAUACCAAUGGCAGGUGUUGCUUUGGAUUGGCCUGACAACAUCUACUUCACCUUCCAGUUUUACCGCUUUCCACCGGUCACAUCACAGCAGCUCAAGCUACUGACCAGUGACAGGGUUCAACAUAAAGCUGGCGAUCCACUUCCUUGUGUCCUGGCAACCAUCAACAGAGAUGGCACUGUCAACUCUGGCUCUCCAGGCCUGCAGGUGCAGUUCAGAGUAGAUGAGGGUUUCCUGAGGCCAGGAGAGAAGCGCUGGUUUCUGCGCUACCUGGCCCUCCACACAGUGCACAUCGACAUAUGGGACAGCGACUCAUUGCUCCUCAUAGGUUCUACUGCCAUUGAGCUCAAGUACAUGUUGCGUCAGGGUAAAUCAGCAGUGCAGGCCCUUCAUGAAGUGGAGGUUCUGACCACUGAUUACGUGGGAGAAGACACCCUGCUGACUAACGCAGAUUUGGGCCAACGAUCAACCGUCAGUCCCAUGACGGUCCACACCAUUGUCAGGGGCCGACUGCAUAUACGCACAGGCAAUAUAGGAUGCCCGGUAGAUCCAAGCAGGAGGAGGGCAGCAGACGUGAUGCCAUCUCAUCCUCACAUCAUCACACCUCGUGAAGUCACAAGUGGCUUCAGAGGAGGGAGCCUAUCAUCCAGAAACACCCUCCAGCUCAAUGCGAGGAACACUGCACAGGCACACCGACUGAAAAUAGAUGGGGAUCGCAGGCUGUCUUUUGGGUGCGGGAUCAGAGCUGACACCAUUGUGCCUGGAGAGCACAGCCUAAACGAGCCCGACGGUGGGCGCCGCAAGCUAGACUGCAUGGCUGCUGUGCAUCAGCGAGAGGGCAGGGAAGAUGGUAAAGCAGCCAAGGCCACGGAACGGAAUAAGGAAGCCCAGCUGGCCAUAGAACCUGAUCAGAUCAAACCCACUGAAGAACACAGCAAGGCGAAGAGUAUUGCCAACAUGCUGAGCCAGGCCAUCACCACCCAGUACCUGCUUUUUGCCAGCUUGGGCUCUGCUGAGUACAUGGAGUUUGUCCUUAAAAAUCCCUUCAAUGUACCUCAGACAGUCACCAUUCACAGCGACGACCCUGAGCUCAGUGUCAUCACUAACACAGAAGAGUGGGCUUACUUCAAAGCACUAACCAAAACUCCAACGCUGCUGGAGGAGAACAUGUUCCACUUGGAAGAGGGUACCCCAGGUCCCAGGGUUUACCUGCGGCCCAAGGAGAGCAUCCAUAUUCCCCUGAAAUACCAGAGCUUCCUCUGCGACCACACAAUGGCCCUUCAGGGACCAAGCUUCCUACCUACAGGCAAAGGUUCGCAGGUGGCCAAGAAGAAUCUGUCCAAUAUUGUUGCUGCCAAGACUAUCAAGGUUACAUUCAAAGCAGAAGACGGCAAGCCGAUGGCCAUCUGCCAGGUGAACGUGGAGCCAACACCUCACGUUGUCGACCAGACAUUCCGACUUUACCACCCCGAGCUGUGCUUCCUCAAGAAAGCCGUUCGCCUUCCACCAUGGCAUGACUCCACGGUUGGAGACCCAGAUGUCAGCACACACAUUUGUGUACGCUGCAGUGACCCUAACAUCAUCUGCCAGACAAGAAUGCUGGUGCCAGGGGAGCCUCAGGAUGUGUACUUGAAAGUGCCAGGCAGUCCCAGUCCAAACAUAAAAAUGUUCUUUGUGAUGGUUUUUACUGACAAGUGGAUGGCAGCGCCUUCCCAGAUCUGGCAGAUUUACGUGCAUUUCCUGGAGCGGGUGGAUGUCAGCUGUGUGAGUGGCCAGCGGAGCUGUCAAUCAUUGGUGCUAAGGGGGAAGCAGGCUGUUCGCAAGGUCAAAUGUUUUUCAUCACACCCCCAGGAGAUUAAGGUGGACCCGGAGGGUGUGUUCAUUUUGCCUGCUGCAGCGGUUCAGGAGCUGCAGCUGAAGGUUCAGCCCUGGCGGUCAGGCAGCCGCUUCUUGUAUGUGAAUGCGGUGGAUGUGGAGCACCGGCGGCUCGUCACCACCUGGCUGUUGUGUCUCAGCGUUCACCGGCCUGUACUGUCCAAGGCGUUUGAAGUGUGUGUCCCAGUUGGUGGCGGGCGCGGCAGCUCGAGGAAAAUCACCUACACCAACCCCUACAACAGCAGCCGCAUGUUUCUGCUCCGCUCCGACCAUCCAGACCUGCUCCAGUUCAAAGAGGAUAAAUUUCAGAUCAGCGGGGGAGAGAGUUACACCAUCGGACUACGAUUCGCCCCCAGCCAGAGUCCCGGCUCAGUGGAGAUACUGGUCUACGUGAACAACCUGGAGGAGAAGACAGAGGAGACGUUCUGUGUGAAAGUCAACUACUCGUGAACUUAAGAGGCUUGUUACAAACUGCCUCCUGAAUAUGCAGGCUGUAAUUUUUCUACUUUCAGUGUGUAAUUUUUAGAUAAUUUUUAACAGAAAAAUAAACUCCCUUUCUAUCACAAAUUAUUUUUGUUUUUGUCUUGCCUUCUGUACGGUGAAGGUGAAGGUGAAGUCAGAACAAGCAAAGGCAAAGCUACUUUCUCUACCAACCUUGAAAAGCACACCUAAACACAAUACUUAGUCUACUAAAUUAUACAUCAGAGCAAAGUAGAAUCUAAAAUGAAAUGUACUUUUAUGCUCAUGAGCGGAAGUUAGGGUGGAAGAAAGAAACGGAAAGAAAUAAUCUGCAAAAGUAGCUUGAUGUUUUUGUUUUGCAGUCAGCAAAGCCACACAAAAGCAGCGACAUCAGUUCAAAGCUGAAUCCCAAUUGUGAUCUGUCCCCUUCCGAAAUGUCUGGCAAAUGUCUGACAACUAUGCUAAGAUGGGCCGAGGGGUGAAGGCAAUAACAUUUUAUCGACUUUAAUUACCCAGCAAACCCACUUGAAUGCCACUUGACGGUUGAGUUUUAAUCUCAGACAAGCCAGGGGUCCGCUCUCUGCGUCCCCUUGCCUCCCAAACAACUUAUGCUCAUCACUGGCAUUAUUAGAAACAGUGCCGUAAUGAGGUAUGACUUUCCAGCGAGGCACACGUCUCUUCAGAUCGCCCUCAUUAACACCAGCACCCUUUUAAAGCCCUCCAUCCUCUCCUCUUCCUCCCCACUUUGCUAUGUCUCGCUGUCUGAGAUACAGAGUGAGAGAGAAAGAAAAAGAGAAGGCCAUGCACAUUGUGUUAUGUAACACAGAAUUACACAACCCUCCCCCCGUCACCACCACCCUCCCCUUCUCUCUCAUUAGAAUGCAGACUGCAAAAUAAGCCUUAGCACAGCAGCAGAGGCUAACAAAAAUAAGAUGGCAACCGAGUUGGUUGCACUUCAUCUUUACCUUCUUCAACAUCUUGUCUGAAGCAGAAACCUCAUUAUCGUCUCUGUUUUAUGUUAAUAUGUAAACAGCUUACGAAACACACAUUAAAGCCGUAUCUACUUAAUAACUUCUUCUCUCUAGUAAGUAGCCUAUGACAUUGCGUUUCAUAUGCUAAAGGACAUUCUGUGCAACUUUGAACAGUUGGCUAUAAGGAUGAGUUCAGAUCUUUUUGUCCUGAUGCUCUUGUGCCAUAUGUAGGGUGGAAGGGUUAUCGGUUGUCGUCGUCAUUUAUACUGCUCAUACAGGGUCUGAAGGCUUUGUUUGUUUUUUGUUUGUUAAUGUGAUGUGUGUAAAAUUUGGCGUACAAAAACCACAGUCCUCAUUCAGUGUAACAUUGCAUCCAAAUAGACAUCUUCCAAAGUAACUGGCUUUUUAGUUCAAAAUUUCUUGUGUUUCACUUCGUUAAUUUAGCCUAACGUCAUGUUCGUGCCAGCUGAUGUCUCUUCAGAAAGAGGUGGUUUUGUGUUGUCUCUCUCUUACCAGUCAGGGCCAUGUGAAAAUGUGUUAUUUUCCUGCAGUAGCAGUUAGCAGUCAGCAGAUACUGUAAGAGAGGUUAUUAUUAGAAGUCGACUAACGGCCUGCACGGCUGCAUUGAUUUCAUCCAGGCGUCCAUGCUGAUCACCAUUUUUUGUGAGCAUUUCUUUAUUUUUCAUAGAUGUAGGCACCUAGCUGUGUGGGAGGAUGACUUCUCAUUAAUUCUGCCUACCAAGCUCUGAUUGUUUCUCAAACCAGGGGUAACUGAAUCAUGGAACAAAUCUGAGAUGUGGGCAGGGAUUUAGAGAACUGGACCCAGGCUAAAUCCUCAUAUAAGCCUCAGCUGAACUUCACAAUGUAUUUUUGCACAGAAUGGGUGACUGUGGAUUUGGUGAUUUUUGUGUUUUUAUGCCUGUCUGUCCUCACAGACAAGAGGAAAGAUUAUGUUGAUGGAUAGCCAUUUCAUGCACAGCAUGCAAAUGUAUAAAGAUAGACUUUAGAUAGAGACUGAAGUUUUCUUGCACAGUCCUCCCAGCUUGUUCCCUGUUUGCUGGGGUGGAGAUGGUGAACAUCCAUCACGUUUCCAUGCUUCACCACCUGCGCCUGGUGAGCAUCCAUCCCCAAUUUGUUUUCCUUUUGCAGCCCUACUUUGUGAUUCACUGUAGGCUGAUGAGCUGUGUUUUGUGCAAGACAGG